AUGGCUUCCAUGUUCGAUCAAUACUCCAGCGCCCUCAUAAGGGAAAACUCCGUCGAUGCUUCUGCUAGCACCGGACCGAAAACGUCCGGCUACGUCAGUGUGCGGACACGCAAAGAGGUGCCCAUUUUCACGAAACAGAAGAUGAACCUCAACCUACCAUCCGGCAUCCUGUUCAUGUCGGUGCAGAACGACUGGCUCAUGAUGCUGAUGACGAACCUGACCGUGUUGCGGAUGCACCUAAAGCAGCCGGACAAGUUCACCGAGGUGCCGAUCGAUAAAACCAUCGGCGGGUUGCGUCCUUCCAACAUCUACGUCGAUCCGCUUGGGGCGCACAUGUUCCUCACGUUCUUGCCAAAGUCACCCGGUUUUACGCCUGAAUUGCUGUACCUGCAGCGAGGCAGCUUCAAGCCGAAAUUCGUGACGAAGUUGAAGGACCAGGAGAUCACAGCAAUCGGCUUUAACCAUUCGAACACCUCGGAGACGAGUACUGGUCCCAUCCUACUCGGGACAGCACAUGGCGUCAUUUGGGAGGCAGAAGUCGGUCUCGAGAGUGGCGACAAGUUGGUUCAGUCCAACGUCCGGCACGCAUUCGACAUCGGGAAAGGUGAACCACGUCCAAUUACCGGACUCGAGUUCUACCUCAAAACCGAACAGAAGAGUUUGCACUGCAUCGUGCUGGUGCUCACUGUUGAUCGGCUUUAUAAAUUCCACAACACGGUCCGGCCAUCGGGUGGUGCCACCACGACUGCUGCUCAGGAGCUGAAGCUCGGUGGUUACCUCCAGAAGGUUUUCAGCCCAUACCAGAACGUUGACGAGCAGCUGCGAGACUUCGAGGAGUUGUCGGCGUCCGGCAGCAAGGGCACGAAUGCACCCGGUAACUGGCCAAAGCUGGUCUUCAACUACGAGGAGGACUUCCCGAAGAGUUUCGGUUGCCUGACGGAACAUGGAAUUAAUUAUCAGGAGAUCGAUCCCGCCAUUAACCAGCCACAGUUCGUGGUGCAGAAGGAACUGAUCACUUAUCCCGAGCCACGUUCGGUGCCGGCUCCUGCCAGCUCGCAUAAGGUCGCUCCCAAGUCGCACAGGCCGCUAUCGUUCAUACUGACUGACUUUCACGCGCUGCUGCUAUAUCCCGACCACGUGACAGCCAUUUCUUUGCUCGACUACCAGGUCGUUUAUGAGGAGUACUUCGUGGAACAGUACGGCCGGUUGAUUAACAUCGUGAAGGAUGUUCGCUCGAACGUCACGUUCGUCUACAGCAACAAGCUGAUCUUCCGCUACAAGAUCGUCAACGAACAACGAAAUGCGUGGCGUCUGUACGCCGAUCGGCAGAAGUUCGAUCUCGCUCUACAGUACUGCAACAAAAACCCAGCUCAUCGGGACAUCGUGUUAGUGAAGCAAGCUCAGUCUUACUUUUACGCUGGGGAUCUCCUUCAGGCGGCAGCUAUUUUCUCUGAGACACAGCUAAGCUUCGAGGAGGUGUGUCUCAAGUUCCUGCAGCGAAACGGUAACCAGGCAUUGCUGCUGUAUUUGCGAAACCGGCUGGCACAGCUUAAAGCACACGAGAUGACGCAGAUUACUAUGCUGAUCGUGUGGAUUGUGCAGGUGUUCUUGGUUGAACUGUCACACCAGCGCGCUGGAGGCGGUCCCGGCAAUGAUCAGGCUACUCGCGACCUUCAGAAGCAGUUUGAAAGCUUCAUGGCAAGUCGGCCAGUGAUGGCGUGCGUACGAAAAAACCGAGCGGCCAUCUACGAUCUGAUGGCAUCAUACGGGGACACGCACAAUCUAACGGCGCUUACGACUAUUAACCAGGACUACGAGUCGGUUGUCACGCAGUAUAUAAAUCAGGGUCGGUAUGAGGAUGUUCUUGCGGUGCUUAGCGCCCAGAAUCGACCGGAACUCGUGUACCAAUACGCACCGAUCGCGAUGGAGGUGUUGCCGGCGGCGACAGUUGCAAUGUUGAUCGGACAAGGCCACCGGCUUGAUCCUGUUCGGCUGAUGCCGACGCUACUCUGUCUCGAUACGCCGGUACACGCACACGAAACGGUGCGCUAUCUUGAGUACUGCAUCCAUUCGCGAGGUUGCGUCGAACCGGCCAUCCACAACUACCUAAUCCAGCUGUACGGAGUGCACUUCCCGGAUCGAUUGCUAACAUUCCUGGAAUCGCAGGGUCGUGACACCACGAUGGUGCAGUACGAUCUACAUUACGCGUUGCGUAUCAGCUUGCGCCAUCGGAUCCAACCAGCCAGUGUGUUUCUGUACUGCCUGCUCGAGAUGUGGGUUCCAGCGGUACGGUUAGCGCUUACCUUUGCAGAUGUUGCGGCGGGUCGACAGCUUGCGCGACAAACGGCCACUCAACCUAUGGAUCGGACGUUACGCAAGCGACUCUGGUUGAUCAUUGCCGAGCACGAGAUCCGUGGUACAAGCGAUGAAGAGGUACAGCGGGCUCUUGGCAUCUUGCAGGAAUGUGAUCAGCUGCGUAUCGAGGACCUGUUGCCGUAUUUCUCCGAUUUCCAACGCAUCGACCACUUCAAAGAGGCGAUCUGCCGAUCGCUCAAAGAGUACAACGUGAAGAUCCAGGAGCAGCGUCGUGAUAUGGAGGAAUCGGCCAAAUCCGCCAGCCGAGUACGCCAGGAAUUGCAGACGUUCCGCAGUCGUUCGGUCACGAUCGGUGCCCAGGAACAGUGCACCGUUUGCGGUGUUUAUCUGAUGUUGCGUCCGUUCUUCGUGUUUCACUGUGGCCACAAGUUCCACGGUGACUGUCUCGAGCGCCAGUUGAUGCCCUAUUUAAGUCCCGUCGUUGCCGAUCGGUUAGCAAUGUUGAAGCAGAGCUUAGCAUCGGCUCAGACUGCGCCUUUGGAAGGUGAGCGAGGGCCAAACGAAGGGCUAGCAUCCGGCGUAGACGCCUCCGUACCGACGGUUUCACACAAGGAGAAGCUGAAAAGCGAGAUUGAGGCCAUCAUAUCGUCCGAGUGCCUGUAUUGCGGCGAGCUGAUGAUAGGCUCACUUGACAAACCGUUCGUGGAAAAUUGGCAGCAAGCUGACAGCGAGUGGGACUAAACGGGGUGGCCCUUCCACCUGGGGCAUGUCCUUCCACAUCACUAGAUACCUUCUCCUGUAACCGGUUAAACCCAGCAUCGUGUGCAAGUCUCUUCUUCUCGAUGGAAUCGAGCUGUAGAUAUGCGAUGAUUGUUUUUUCUUUGCUGUGCGAUGAGACCGACAUCACAUUCGUAUAAUUACUUUAUCGUUUAUCAUCAGCUAAAGAAUAAUACAUCACCAGCAAACGUACCAAUACGAAAAUUAUGGAAUGCAGGCGAUUCUGGCAAUGUUGCUACAUACAUUUACUCGUGUAAUAUGCAUGCGUAUGUUUAAGCGAUUCUUUGCUACCACUUGGGUUACUUUGUUUCAAUUUUCAUGGAAAAGUGCACGGUAAUCAAUGGAAAUGUGAAAGAGUUUCUAGAAUAUUAAUAAAGUUACUCGUCA